CGCGCAGAGGAGAUACAGAGGAACUCAAAUAAACGUGCCCUACCUGGCACCCUUCCUUCAUUCCGCCACCACCUGUAUCGAUCUUCACCUCUCUUUCCAUCCACCUCGAUAGCCCAUCCAUCAGCAUGUCCUCUGCUCAGAAUCUCCAGGACCAGGCAAGCCAGGCGGCUGCCGACGCUCAGAAGACGGCUUCCAAUGCCGCAACCGAGGCGCAGAAGCAGGGCCAGAGUCUCUAUGAACAGGGAACGAAGCUCGCCAGCGACACUCUCGCAUACGCUCAGCAACAAGCGCAGGGCAUCUUGGGUGGCGCUCAGAAGGGUGCUCAGGACGCUGGCAACCAAGCCUCUCAGGCUGUCGAUCAAGCUUCCAAGGCUGCCGACCAGGCGGGCAAAGACGCCUCCAACAUUGCCAACAGCGCUAGCAAAGAGGGUUCUCAACAGGCUCAGCAAGCUCAGCAGUCGCUUGGCGACCUCGCUCAACAGGCUAGGGAGUUGGUCGGAAACGUACUAAACCAGGCCAAUGAGUACAUCAAGCCCCAAGAAGCCAGCGACCAGGCGCAGUCUUAUGUUGACCAAGCCCGCAACACUGCCUCCAACGUCGUUGACCAGGCCGCCGGCAUCAUUAGCGGCGCUCAAAAGGAUGCAUCGAAUGCUGCCUCGGACGUGUCCAAGCAAGCCGGCCAGGCUGCCGGCCAGGUUCAAGAACAGACCAAUUCUGCUGCCGCUCAGGCCAAGGGAGCGGUCCAAGGCGCGACCGGGGCUGGCAAGUAAAGGGCGCAAUGACGGUUCCGUCUGCGAUACCCACCUUCUUUCUAUUUCUCAUCUCUUGAUGUGCUAGGAGCGGAUGUAGAUGUCUUCAACCAGCCUCAUGAAAUUUGCAGCGCUUCCCAAAUAACAUCUUCAACAAGCCUCCUGAAAUUUGCAACGCUUCCCAGAUUUUGUUAUUUUACGAAGUGUUGAUUACUGUCACUUCGAGAGGAU